AGUUUAGAAUCUUUAUCGAAUGAAAAUUCGAGAGGAUUUUAAAUCUCCAACAAAAUUAUAAAUCGCGACAAUUUAAAUUUUGUUAAAAGCAUUUCUAACCACCACCAUGAGUUUUGUUGACAACUACUAAGUAUUCUUGUUCAACGACUUCAUCAACAUCUCUACCCUGAAAAUAAAACGAGUACAAAAAAAACCGAAACCCAACAAACCGGAGUACUAUUACUGCAAUAAACGACCCCUACUUGUAGAAGUUUUCAUCUUGUUUCUAAAAUAAGCAUUGCUGUUGUUCCUCAAGAACAUUGCAGCAUUUGUAAGAAUUUUUCACCCGGCGCCCGUGGAAACUAAAAGGAAAAGUAACUCGAGGACCUGCAGCAGCUCCGAAGUCAUCUCGGCGAGAACAACUAGGACGACCAAGAACUACUAUCAAAUGCAACUAUGUCUAUGUCUGGGUGGUCUGGAAGAACGUUGCAGAUUUUUGUCAUGUUGUUUUUGCAUGACACAGAAAGUCUGAUGUCAUGGAAGCCCCUAGUGGUGCAUCACAGAUUUCAUCGAGAAGCUUCCGCAUUGCAGCCUAAUCCGCAUGACAAAUAAUCCCCCAUUUUGGUGACAGGGAGUGGGCGUCUUGUGCUGCCUCUGCGUGAGGGAUUAUUUGCGUGAGGUCUUGUGAAAUGCGCAUCUUCACAAGUUCGCAUCCUUCCCGAUAUGAUCCAGGAAUAUUUGCAUUUGAUAACUACUUCCAGUAGUUGAAACCUUGUUUCCACAACCUGCCACAACCUGCAAAAGAACUUCUCGUUGGCGACACGCUCGCACAUCCACUACUUCGCAUUUUCGACCAAGACUUCUAGUCUAGUUGAAAGUGCACCACCCAAGAACAAGCAUGCCCAAGCCGCCGGACACGGUGAUGACUCGGGGGGUGCCACUGCCAGCACCCCUCUCUGCGGGCGGUACCACGGGCGGCCGCGGAGGUCCUCGUGGAUCUCUGCCCACGUAUCCACAGUAAAUUUCCCGUACACGUACAAAUGCAUUCUCUGCAUGACAAAACUUGCCUUCAAUCCUAGUCCAGCAUGACAAGUUGGACUCUGCAAGGUAGCGAAAUUUGUCAUGCAUUUUGUACAUGUACAGGAAAUUUACAUUGCAUACCACGACCCUGAAGACUAUGACGGCCUCAGGUCGGAAAUCCUCUAAGUGGAAAUAAUUUGUAAUGCAAAAACACGAAAAAUCCAGCUGAGGCACCAUUUCUAGUCGGCGCAUGACAAAUUUCCCGGGCUGCACUCAAACCGUGUCUGUCAUGCGUGUUAGGCACAGGGGCGCGGCCCUUCUCUCAUGCUAAUCAGCAGCCCAAUUCUGUUGAACUCGUAGAAGCACCACACGAGUCGGCCUCCAUUGCUUUCUCUGCAAUAUUACAGUCUUUUUGAUGUCGCAUUUCAUGCAUCACAAAUUAUUUCCACUUUGAGACUUUCCAUUCUGAGGCCUUCAUAAAGACGUUGCUCUACCUGACCGGGGGCGGAGCCACGCUCACCUCUGGGACCUACAACCACUUGGAUAUCACAAGGAAAAAUCCCCCCUCCCCAUAUCAACCGGAAGUUUCUGAUGCUGGAUUUGCGUACACAAAUCAGGUUUGUCUUGCAGUUGUAGAGGACUGCAGGCUCCUGCCAAGCCUGCUGAGUGGAGAGGUUUAAUAUUUGGCGUAGGCGCUUAGCUGCAUGAGAAACUUCUAUGCUGUAGGCCCAACAGCAUCACAAACCGCCUGCGUAAUUAUGCGGCCGAGCCUGCGGAGUUGUCUUCUUGCAAGACAGACGUGAUCUACUGUGGGCUCAAAUCAGAGCAAGACAAAUUUUCGGAAACAUAUCAUACCUGUUCGAUACAUAUGGGGAGGGGGGAUCUUUCAUCUCAAUAUUGGACCGCACCGACCUCGCAGCGGACCUCCAGGACGGUGUGGGCAACAUGCUGGACGAGGACCAAUAUCCUGUGCAAAAGUAUCGUAUAAUUUUCGUAUUGCAGUCAUGCAUUACAAGUUUUUUUCUUAAGGUAAAUAAAUCCGCAUUUACAAAUUUCAUUUCUCAUGCUGAAGAAAUUUUUAUUUGCAAUGCAUUUAGUAUACGAGUACGAUAGCGAUACUUUUGCAGUGCAUAAUGAAGUCGGGACCACGGUGGAACAGCACCACGACCAGGACGACGUGGUCAAGAACACCAUGCUGGACGACCAUAUCAACUGUAAAAGUGUCUCCGUCUGGAAGAAUUCAUGUUUGUCAUGCUUGUCUGGCAUGACUCUUAAAUCUGUCAUGCACGUUACCCAGGAGCUCCGCUUUUCUGUGAUGCAGAAGCGCAGUUUGUCAUGCAGAAUAGGCAACACCUAGGAGCUCAGAAACUGGUCGAGCUGAGCCAGCAUUUGUAGUCUCAUCAUGAGACGCCAACCAGCAUCACAAAUUCCCAGACCCAGACAUUUUUACUUUUGAUAGACCACCAGGAGUCCACGCAACUCGGGACGUCGACCACGGAUGAACAUGAGCAGUUUCUCCAACAGCAUAUGAAAAGGAAAAAUCCCCCCUCCCCAUAUCAAAACGGAAAUCUGUGAUGCUCGAUUUGCGUACACAAAUCAGAUUUGUAUUGCAGGAAGGCACUGCGACCAGAUCCCCAGGCUAGCUGGGGGCGUAUGGGUCUAGUUGUUCAGCAUUGCAAACGGCUGACCUUUAGGCCCAACAGCAUGACAAAUCGCUUCGAUAAUGGGGCGGAAGCUUCUGCCCUUGUCUUCUUGCAAGACAAAUGCGAUCUGUGACGUCAAAUCAGCAACGCAAAUUUUCGGCAAGAUACCUUUUCGAUAUGGGGAGGGGGGAUUUUUCCUCUCAAUACAGCAGGAACUGGAGCUACAGCAGCAUGCCGCGGAGAUUUCUGCUGACCAAUUGCAGCCCGGGCAAGAAGAUGAAGCAGAAGAUGUUGCUGGACCCGGCUCCGCUUUUGUCACCACGACGCAGGAGAACCGUUCUUGCGGCGGGGGUAUGAAAUGCAAAAGUAUCGUACUUGUAGUACUUCUUGCAAUCAUGCAUUACAUAUUUUUUACUCAAGGUAGACCCGCAUUUUACAAAUUUCAUUUCUCAUGCUGAGGAACAAUUUGUCAUGCAUUUAUACGAGUACAAUACACUUUUGCAAUGCAUAGGAAGCAAAAACUCUUGCGGCGGCUCGUCCCGGCGGACGACGAGGGUGUAGCACAAGGAAAAAUCAUCGUCCCUCCCCAUAUCGACCCAGCACGUCUUCGAAAUAAAUUUGUGUUGCUGAUUUGUGACCACAAAUCGCGUCUGUCAUGCAAGAAGGCAAGAACCCCACGGACUCCGCCGCGUUUAUUAUGCAGGCGGUUUGUUAUGCUGUUGCUGCUGCUUUUCAAUCAUGCUAAGUGGCUAGGCCAGAGCCGCUCUACAACUCCGGCGCGAUAUGUGUCCUCAGUCUUCUCCAACAACCACAACAAAUCUGAUUUGCAUACGCAAAUCCAGCGUCAGAAACUUCGUUUCGAUAUGGGGAGGGAGGUUUUUUUCACUUUUAUAAGGUGAACGCGAAAGCAUCUGCCACGGUAUCCCGUGUAAAAACGUCCUCACCUCGUCUUCCCCAGAUUUGUCAUGCAAUAAACCCUGCAAACCCAGAAGUAGAAUUCGAAUUGCAUGUUUCUCAUGGGCAGCCGCAGUCACGUGAAUCACUGUUGCAGUGUCGCCUCUAGUGCUAGGAUCAUAGGGACGAGUACUAGGUUGCCCAAUUUUUCUUUAUACAAACAUCGAUCUUUUAUUUAUGCGAUACAUACGCUUCUGACACCACUAGCGAGGCGUAAACACCGGCUUACAACAAGACCGACCCGCCUUCGUCAUCUACGAGCGCAGUUUCUAAUUUGUCGCGCGCAAGAAGAACAGCCAAUGCCAACAGUUCUUAUGUGGAUUGUGUAAGAAAGUUCCUAUCGUGUCCGUGAGUUCGACCGAUAGGUUACGGGCAGCUGUGGGGGGGCGUUGGGGGAAGUUUUCCACAGGAUAUAAGGCCGUGGUGGCAAAAGCGGCGGCGCCCAAGCCGAACAAGGCGCAGCCGAAUCUUUCGCCGCGCCAGACGUCGGUUGUGAAGCUGCAGUUUCCACAGCCACCGCCUCGCGCGGGUACUGCUUCGAGGAUCCCUGGCCCUGCCUUGUUAUGAAAUGCAAAUUAUAUAAUGCCUGGGUCUGGAAUAGACAUAAAGUUGGAACUUGUGAUGCUGCAUUUGGAUUCUAAGAAAAGUUGUAUUGCAUCCGCUGCAGCAAAAGAGGCCUAAUUUUAAUUUUUGCUACGCCAAAAGGGCAUUUGUCAUGCGGGAUUUUUGGCAUCAAGAAGCCCUCAAAUAAAACUCUGUGAUGCAGCUACGGCAUACAUGAUCACAGACAUCAUGGCUCAUGCAAAACGUGCAUGACAAAGUUGCACCCAGUGCGGCCCAGACAUAUUUGCAGUUGAUAUGCUACGCCGAUGCAGCUGCCGCCCGGUCAAUCGCCUCCUCCGGGUGAGUAUCCAUCACCGGAGCUGCAGCUGCGGCCAUGGGAAAGCGUAUCCACCGGAAUAAAUAUGUCGGGGUCUGGAAGAUGAAUGCAAGUUUGUUCAGAUGCUUGUCUCGCAAUAUUAAAGUUAAACGAUUCCUGAUCGUCCUGAAUCUGUGAUGUGCGUGACUGAGCAGAGGACAAAUGAAAGCCUCGCGCCUCUGGCAUGCAAAAACCGAUACAGAAAGCGAGACACAUUCAACUUGUAUGUAGCGCGUCGUGGCUGCUGAAUAUAACAAUAUAUAAACUAAAACUAGCAUUACAGCAUUACUACAAAUUUCAUCCAGACGUCCAGGGAUAUUUGCACUGGAGACCACUACGACGACCGGAGCACCGGCGUCGGUUCAGAUUGGAGCUGGGAAGAAGAAGAGCCACUCGAUCUGGAUGACAUUGACAUGCCGAGGGCUAGGUUUCUGGACGAGGACAACACGCAGCUCGAAUUUCACGCACCGACUGGGACUGGCACUACACCGGGACCGAAGGGUGAAUGGUUGAACUUCCCCCCUGCAAGGUAUGCAUUGCAAAUAUAAUGUCUGGGUCUGGAAAGAACGAAAUAAACUGCAGCAGUUUAUUGCAACGCAGCCUUUCUGUGCCCCUCGGCGGGCUCAAUCUCGAUCAUGCCCGGUUCUGCAGUGUAGGACCUAGCAACACAGAUGAUGAUUCUGCGAAAUGAUCUUAUUUGCAAUGGUGCUUAUACCGCAUGAGAAGCACCCGCUUAACUUGAUCCAAAGAGGGCAACCUUUGGUGCCAGGAGUCAUGCAACACAUCAACAAAUUUUUGCAUUUGUGCGACGGCCACGCACAGGCCGCGUCACAAAUUUGCCUCGUCCUGCCAGACAGACACGUUCGCAAUGCAUACCUGCUCGUCGAAGGAUCCCAAGGAGACGCAUAUUGUGAGGAAAACUCCCCACUCCCCCUCUUGAAAGCGCGUUGUUCUGAAAAUUUGUGAUGCAGAUUUGUGGCCACAGAUGCGGUCUGUCUUGCAAGAGAGCAACGGCAGGGAGCGCGCCGCGUUGCGCAGGCGGUUUGUAACGCUGCGAGGCUUACUUCUUGGCAGACGUCUGCCAUGCUAAGGGCCCACGCCUGAGCGCCCCUAUCCAGGCUUUGUAUCUGCCUGGAGUCCUCUACUGCAAGACAAAUCAAUCUGAUUUGUGUAGGCAAAUCCAGCAUCGCAGGUUUUUGCUUCAAGAUGGGGAGGGGGGAUGUUUCCGUUUGAUAAGGCAUCGAAAGCUCCUCCGGGGCAUUGAUUUCUUAUGCAGUGCAAAUAUUUCGGGUUCUUGGUCUGGAAAACUGUCAUGGUAAGUAAUACACCAGUAGCGCAAAGUGCGUGCGUUAGCAUUACGCAGCCAGGCCCGGCAAUUUUUUGCGCGCGUCAACAGUGGUGCCUAAAACGUAUGUAUGAAAACCAAAUGAAAUCGCAUUUCUGCCUGACAACUAAGCAGCGCUAUUCCGCAACAUGCCGCAUAGAGCACAGCAGAUGCAGAAGUAUGCGACGGAUUGCCGCAUGACAACUACAGUCUGCCAGACCCAGACGCAGACACAUUUGCAAAGCAUAUUUCUAUUUGCAGUACAAGGAGGCGGAACUCUUGGGCACCAACUGGAACGACGAGAGCUGGUCGCUGUGGGACAGGAGCCAGAAUCUGCGCUGGUUUGAGCUUGGCGAGGCACCAUCCGCGAACGGCCGCGGCCUGAAGAAGACGUGGUGCUUCCUUGACAUUGUCAACGCCGAAACGCACGACGAAUCUGGAAACCAGAUCACGCCUCCGGACCAAGCAGGACAAGUUGCGCCGAGGACCGAGCCCUACUACGUGGAGCAGACUAGCCGUGGCGGGCUACCGAUUCACCUUGUCGCGUACUGUGCCGCGGACGAAAGGGUGUCGAACUGGUCGGAGAUCGCCAAUGACAACCGAAAAGCCGCUGUGCGGUUCCGCCCUAUCCGGUCUAAAAACGUCGCCACCUCCUCACGGAGUUCUUUUGCAGGAGCUCACACAGAUCUACUUACACGUGGUGGAUGGGGACUCUAGAAACACAACUAGUACUUACUCAUACAAGUAUCAUGUAGUAAAACAAACUAAAAGGCGUUUUCAGGCGCAUUUAGGAACAACUUGUCAUGCUCGAGUAACUUUAUGUAUCCUUCGAGAACAACGAGAAGUAAAAAAGCUCGUGCCGCAAAAACAAAAAGUGUGCUGCGACGACACGUGCUAACAAAUGGUCCUUGGUCUACCUGCAAUAAACCAAGCAACUUUCGGCUGUGUUCGUUGUGCAGAACUUCUCACGAACACCAUGACUACAUCACAGCGCUUGAAAGAUUCGUCGCUUCGCGGACCACGCAAGUAGAAAAGCUGUUUGUAAAAAAUCAAUAGCAUCACCCUAUCGCGACAAGAACGCCGGGCUGGGGUGGACGUUCUUUUUAUGCAGGAUACGGCCCGUCCUGCAGUUUUGGCAGCCAGCAGCUCAAACCUCCGACACCGGCACGUGGAAGGAGGAAGACCGUGCAGAUCAGGCCGCUGCGAUCCGCGCUCUUGACACGGGCGCUCGGCUGUCCGAAGUGGAGCUGAAUGCUGCGUCGACGGCAUUGGGGGCGGUUUGUUUUGCUAACUUGGAGAAAAUGGAGGUUUUUGCGAGUGAUCGGGAGAACAUUUUUUUUUCGCUCCGGUGGAAGCCUCCAUUUGUCUUCGGCAAGGUGGGACUCACUAUCGAACAAGCAGAAAAACUCGCAGCGGACAAGCAAGCAACAAUCCACGCACUCCGCCUGGCAAACAUCGAGCAGGAAAAAAAAGUGCAGGAAGCGAAGAAAAGCCAGGAGGCGGCUGAAGCAGCGGGCAUCACUGGCAGCACUGCGGCUCAGCGCGCGAGGGAACAAGCGCGCCAAGCAAUCAGCGCAAAAGAGGCCGCGGGGCGUCGCGUUCAAGCUACCCCCUUGGAAACAUCUCUGGCGCUCUAAUUCCCGUCCUCUGUCCUAGAACAGUGAUAUAAGUAAUUACUUGAGUGGUAGAGGUAGUCGUAGUACUGUGCCGCCCGGACAGGAGGAGUGUGGGCUACACACUUUGUACUUUUAAGAUGAAUGAGAAGGGGUAUGAUUUUUCUGUAUUUGUUUCCACCAUCUUGCUGGACUAGCACUAGUACUAGGAACCGUUUUUCAUUGCGAAUGGGCGUUCUGGUUCUUGCUUCGAACUGCAGUUUUUGUAAACACAGAAAAGGCAAACAUGAUCCGAGGUCUUAUUUACUUAAUAUUUAUAGUUGCUCUUAAUGUACUAGCACGAUGCCUUUUUGGUCUCCAGGAAUACAUUCAUCUUCAUCAACAAAUGAAAAUAAAUGAGGACUUGCAUUGUCAUCAUGCAAAUUCUGAAGUACUUAUUGCAACUCAUCAUAGCAGAGAGGACCACGACCGCGAAUGAAACUGCGAUGAAGAGCAAUUGGCUCUUUAUAUUUAGCCUGGGACAGAGAAGCCUAAGCGCGGAGACUCGUUUCCUCUGGAUGGAAGCGCUCGAAAGGAAAGUGGACGCGGGACAAGACAAAAUCCAGCAAUUGCAGACCGUUGUGGAGAGAGCACGAUACGAGCAAGCGGCAGCAGAAGAAGCCGCAAGAGCCGCGCGCACAGCAGCUGCGGGCCCUCGUCCUCCACCAGGAGCUGGAGCAGGUACGAAUCGCUUUGUCUGUGUUUCCAAAUGCCGAGCUAGCUAGAACAGUUAGCAACUUCGGCGGUAAGCAUUAUUUACGUAUCUCUACUAAGUAACAAUUGUCAAUCUUUGCGGCGUGUGCCGGUUAGGGUUUAUGAUUAUGCUCUUGUACUACUAUCAGUCUAUUUAUUAGCCAUCAUUCUCGGCGGUUGUAAAUCGACGACGAGUUUUAGUUAAUGCCUGAGACUACACUUACUCCUACGACGUCCGCGCUUCAGUCCAUGUUUUCUAUUUUCAUCUCAUCAUCUCGAGGUCGAGGAUGAGGAAAUGAGAAGUUUAAUAAACUCUUGUAGCUGCGCUCGGGCGCUGCAAGUCUGAUGAUCGCGGCCCUGGUGCUGUUGGUCUACUUACUACUUCAUCGUGGCAACACCAACACAAGUGAAUGUGAAAUUCAAAUUUCAAACGCACUUCCACUUCCAGGACAACCUCUUGCUGGUGCUCGUGGCCAACGUUCACCGCCUGUUGGCGACCCAAGAACUUCAUUUUCUCCUCCUCCUCGUCCUCGCGCACAAGAACCUUCGUGGACGGCAGGUCGUCGACCACCACCUCGCACUUCUCUUGGUCUUGCUGCAAUCACAGCUUCCCCUCCCCCUGUGCCUCGUCUUGGUGGAGGUGGCCGAGGCGCUGCUCCUUUUGCGGCGGGUCCUUCUGGUGGAGCAAGAAGUACUUACAAAAUUUUUACACGAUCACGACCGACCAGCAGCUAGCACUAUUCUUCUCUGAUCGGCUACGUUCUUCGUUGGCGAGGGCAGGGCUUCUCGUCCUUUGGAUUUCUUUCUACUACCGCCCCGGCCAUGCCGGAGGUUUCGAUUGUAUGAAUUACCGGGCUUGUAGAAUUGAAAUUGUAUUUCUCGGGAACAGGUGUUAAUUUUGCGAGGGUCAACGACUAGUCUCUCCCCCUAACGGUUUUGAUGGGUCGUGUUCGGGUCCCCGAUUCCCCCCAGAGGUCCUAUUCCUCUCUCUGAUACUUGGGGUCUUCGCUUAUUUCAUCGACGUCAGGAUGGCCAAGUAGUCGGCGUUUUUGGAACAGGCUGUGGCUUCUCCGAUUGGUAGCUAGAAGCGCGGCCCGUCCGGAAAUUAUCCACAUGCCGGCGAGGGCUCGCGAGCUGGGGUUUCCCAGACAAGCCGCGGCUAGGUGGCGUUAUCCUGAGUAAAAACGUCCCCACACCAGAGUUGUCAUGCAGAUUUGCAAUGACAGGAGCAUUUGUAAUGCGCAUCGCCAGGAGAGGCAUUUUUAGUCGUGUUUUGGAAUUUGUAAUUCUGUAAACAGGAUGAGCAGAUGGGUUUCUGAUGCAGCUGGCGUUGCGAAGAACCUGCACUACGCUACGGACUGCAACUUGUGAUGCGUGACCCCCAAAAGUUCUAGGCUUGUGUUGCAAAAUCCCCUUUCUCGACUCUGGUGCGGGGAUGUUUUUACUCAGGAUAGGCGUCGGCGCUUUUUCAGUUGGGCGUAGCUUUCGGUCGGAUUUCCCGUAGGCGGGGUCCGUCUCUUUCUUGGCGGAUAUACUUAGCGUGGCAGCGGGGUCGUGGUCUACAGGCCGAUUCCCGCCGGAUAUCAGGGCGCCGCGGUCGUGUUGUUUCGUAAGGGUACGAGCACACCGCGCAGGUCCCGAUGAUGCGCUCGAGUUUGAUGGCCGCGGGUUUGGGGUUUGAAGUGGAGGCUUUCCGCCCGUAUGUCAAGGUCAGAGGGCGAGUGCUACUCCUACUCUGGGAGCCGUUGUAACAGGUGGGUAGUAUGGUCGAAACGGUAUUCCUUCUGGUAGAUGGGUAUAAGAGUCCUUCCGGUGGAAUAAUUUACACCGCUUUGGCUUUUCUAGGCAUCAGAACUGAAAAAUAAUAAAAUAACGCGUCGCCCUUGGUGUCCUUCUCCUUGUUCAUUCUGGGCAGCUCGGAUGAGCUGGUGGAAUCGGUCGUGUCUUCGCUUCUUGGUGAAGCGAAGCAGGAGCACCGUCGACGUACUUAUUAGUGAGGCUUUUACGUACAACACCACCUGGCACUGCUUCUAGCUUCUUAGGCAAGCAAAAACUGCCAUGCUCGCUGAAACUGAUGGCGGUGGCCCUUCGACGACGUCUCCAAGAAUAGCGAGCAACUUUAUUCUGCGACAUGAGUUUCCUAGAAGGCUGCAACAACAAAAAAAUCAUCGCGCAAGAACUCGUCGCGCACGAGUUAGAUGCACAAAAUUUUCUAUGAAAAUGAAUAUGAAACUUUCAAUCACCAAACUCCAGCGGUGGCUCGGUCACCAGUGCUGCAGGCCCUUUAUGACCAAGCAAAGGCGUUUGCUGCAGGGGCGUACGAUGAGGCGCUGGAGGAGAUGGUGAAGAUGUUUCGUACUGCACAAGGGGUUUAUUUGCCUAACCUGCUCAAUUUUCUCCGCGAGCCGGACACCAGGGAAGUCUUUGGAAUUUUUCAAAUGCUGAACUGGAUGAACGGGGUCCAUGUGCGGUCGGACGCGCCGACGUGGAAGAUGGCAUGGGCUUUUGACAUGACGCAACACAGCAAGUUGCAAGGGGCUUUCGUGUUUAUGGGUCAGGAAAUUCUGAAGGCUCUGAACAAUGACCCCUCCGCGGGGCUGUACCUCUCCCGCGCACUUUUUGCGAGUAGUGGCACCGGAGCGGACAACGGGAACUUCAAAAACACGAUCCUCGACGGGGACGGCUUCCUCGGAGCAGAAGAGUACACCCAAAACGACCGGCAGAGCGAUGGAUUGACGGAGGGAACAAAAAACCUGAUCGCGAUCGCGCAAGGAGACACGCCCCGAACAUCAACAACAGCGCUAACACUCCGACAGCCGUACCCGCGGGUCUUUGGGUUGUUUCGUUCAGUGCACGAGGGGGCAAGCAUGUUGUUCGGCGAUGACGUGGCGAAAGGCAAUGCCUUUAAAGAUGCCGAUUUCGAACGCACUUGGAAUUUUUUUGUGCGUGAUUUUGAUACGAAAUUUCGCACCAAAAUGGGUGAAGGUCGGAAGCCGAACGAGAUUGAACGUCUCGAGGUCCUCUGCGAGGGGGACCUUACCAAGUUCCUUUACAAUGCAGGGCGAAGAAGUGCAACAAUGGCGCAUCGUGGCGGUAUUUGCAGCUAAUGCUUCCUGGCGUAUAAUUCCUUACGGUUCAUCUACCAAUGCGCUUUUGUGUUGCGGACUUCCAAGUAUUGGCGCCUUUAGUAUCAAAAAAACGGAGCACAAAUAAAUAAAAAGUGCUCAACUCGUCCCAGAAAGGCGAACUCCUUGUCGUGCAAAGAAGAUGAUGAUCCCCCCAAUCAAUGCUACGACGGAAAUCUCGUGUUGCAUCGCAUCAAGCGACGAGUGCUUUUUUACUGAGUUUGCUUCAAACUCUAGUGCGCUCUGCAGCUCUACUACGUGGGCGAUCACCCGUGCAGUGCCACUGCGCAGCGCAGAUCGAAGCAAACUUGUGUUGCUGCUACAUAAAACCACAUUUCUCACCGUCAGAAGGCUUGGGGACUAAGGCUUUCUGGGGGUCAUAUCAAUAGUUGAAGGGCAAGGGAUCAUUGUGGGGAGGCGGCAUGUGUCUUAAGUUGUUCAGAUUGGAUCGCUUGCCUCUUCUCUCGGACAGGAACUGCAGCAGGAAGGGGCUGCUUGUUCCCCCGCGCGAGCACCACGACGGUGAAGGUUUGCCAGGCUUCAACCACUAUGCACUGCAAAAGUAGCGUGCUCGUAGUCAUACUAAAAAUUGCAGUUACGCAUCACAAAUUUCUUUUCCAAGCUAAAUCUAAUCAGCAUGACAAAUUCCAUUUGUCACGCUGAGCUAAUUUGUAUUGCUAUUGCAAUACUACGAGAAGUGCGGAGAUACUUUCGCAGUGCAUAACCACGACGGUGAAGAUUUGUCCCUCGCGCGUGUUGUCGCACACGCGCUGCGUGACAGGGCGAGGCGGUGGAACGGGCCGUUGCAUGUCGACACGCGCUGCGUGACACGGCGAGGCGGUCGCUGGCCGGGGAUGGGGGCGACGUUCCGUCGCAUAUACUUUGGAUUCCAGAUUGAUAUAUAAAGCAAUCUACUAUAAUCCCGAGGGGUAGGUUGUUUUUAUGUGUGGAGAGAUUUAGAAUCAUGGCUACAGUGCAAGAUCCUGAAUUUCGUCGCACAUAAAAGCGACGUAUGCCCCGGCACCAUAGGUUGAUCUUUUGCAAAUCUAGAAUCCAGGGUAUGCGAUCCAACGUCGGGCGAUCAGAGGUCGAUUUUAUUUAUGGCCGCGAAAUUUUCGCGACAACCGACUCAACCUUUUGCAAGCAGAGGUUGAUUUUAUCGUCGCGAAAUUUCCGGAGCCAUCGAACCGACCUCCUGGAACAAGCAGAGGUCGAUUUAUUUUAUGGCCGGGAAGUUUUAUUUUCUGCAGCCAUUGAUGGCUGGAGGUGGACGGAGAAGACGCGGCCGAAAAUGAGCCUGUAGCUUUGCCCAUUUUAUUAGGUCAGGGCCUAUGCCAGAUAAAGGUGGGAGGGGCAAUGGACGGCGUGCGGAUUUCCGCAAGGAAAGCAGGACUGCCGCUUAUUUCUGUAAAGAGAGUACUUGUAGUUCCGUCGCGCGAGCACCACGACGGUGAAGGUUUGCCAGGCUUGAACCUGAUCGCGUGAUAGAUAUGGAUGACAUACAUGUCGAAGAGAUACUAGAAACUGGCGAAGCAAUCAAGAUCGUGUUGAAGUUUUUGAUGUUGUACAAGCCCACUUCUACAUCUACUGCCGUUGUACCUGUAAAACUCGCACUACUUCUUCUACUACAUUCUCCAGUUGCACGAGUAUUAAGUACGCUCAUGAUGUGCGACCAUGAGGUACUUAUUUAUUAGCAAGACGAGGCUAAGAACGCGAGACGAAGUAGUUCUUGUAGGCUACAAAUGAUGCGAGACGAGGACUUUGCGGAGAAGCAGAAGUCGAAUCAAUACCGCAAACGCAAAUAGUACGUGAUAAGACAUCAAAAAGAAAAACUCAUAUUUAUCAGGCCCACCCGCAGCAGCAACAGCUGCAGCAGGACCUGUCUCUGCAACAGGAGCUGAACAGUCCGGAAUCACCGCGCAGCAGCCGCAACAAGAUUAUAUGCACAAAAAAAUCCCCCAAGCCAACAGCAAGAUCGUAACGGAUCUUGCAAGUACUGCUUCUUCAGCAUCAAACCUGGUGGCAUCUUCAAUUGUGCUUCAUUAGUAAAAAGCGCCACACAUUAUCCAUGCGAAACGAAAUGAGUCGCCUUCGAAGUGCCGCUUGCUAGCGGCGUAGUGCUUCGUAUCGCGGCCGUGCUUCCUUUUUCUGACUAAGGCGGGCUCAGCAACCAAGAGAGCUUUUUUUUUCGUAGAUGUGAUCCGUGAUUGCUUUCGCUGGCUGAGGAUGAGGGCUUUUGUGUGCAUAGCGUUUGUUCGCUCGCUGAUGGAGAAGCGUGAAGCUCUGAUGGGCCUGGUGGAUGGACCAGCUGUACGUGGAUCAUUCGAUUUAUCAAAGGAGGAAAAGGCGAAGCUUGAGGAGCAAGUCAAGCAGAUCGAUGCGAAUAUGCAUUGCAAAAGUACCGUACUCGCAGAAAUGCAUUACAAAUUUCCUCACCAUGAGAAAUAAAAUUUGUAGUGCGAGUUUACCUUAAGAAAAAGAUUUGCAAUGCAUGAUUUUUGCAAUUACUACGAAUGCGAUACUUUUGCACAGGAUAGCGAAGCUGUAUGAGCAAUUGGGCGAUGGUUGGUACGAAAAGCUCAAAGCAUUCCGGCGCGCGUCAUCUUUUCGUCCGCCAGGAGCUGGAGCAGGUACCAGUCGCUUUGUCUGUGUUUCCAAAUGCCGAGCUAGCUAGAACAAUUAGCAACUUCGGCGGUAAGCAUUAUUUACGUAUCUCUACUAAUAAUUGUCAAUCUUUGCGGCGUGUGCCGGGUAGGGAGGGUUUAUGAUUAUGCUCUUGUUGUAUCAGUCUACUCACGCGACAGAUUCUGCGAAAACGCUACUUCUUCUACUACAUUCUCCAGCUGCGCGAGUAUUAAGUACGCUCAUGAUGUGCGACCAUGAGGUACUUAUUAGCAAGACGAGGCUAAGAACGCGAGACGAAGCAGUUCUUGUAGGCUAAAGAUUAUGCGAGACGAGGACUUUGCGAAGAAGCAGAAGUGGAAUCAAUACCGCAAACGCAAAUAGAACGUGAUAAGACAAAAAAAAAACUCAUCUUUAUUUAUCAGGCACAUCGACAUCCCCAGUAACAACAGCUGCCAGUCGUGCUGCAGCAACAGCUGCCGCUUCUCUUGCAGCAACAGCUGACGCUCGUCUUGCAGCAGGAACUGCUCGAGCUACACCUACACUCCCCGGGCCGACCACCGCGCAACUACCGCAAUGGCGAGAUAUGCACACAAAAAUCCCGCCCCAAGCCAACAUCAAGGUCGUGGCGGAUCUUGUAAGUAGAAGGUCAGCUUCUACUUCUUCAGCAUCAAACCUGGUGGCAUCUUCAAUUGUGCUUAAUUAGUAAAAACAAAAAGCGCCAAACGCGAUCCAUGCGAAACGAAAUGAGUCGCCUUCGAAGUGCUGCUUGUUACUAGAGGUGUAGAGCUUCGUAUCGCGGCCGUGCUUCGUUUUUCUGACUAAGGCGCGCUCAGCAACCAACAAGAGGUUUUUUUUUUUUUCGUAUAUGUGACGAUCCGUUGUACAUAAACUUCUAUUUUGGUUUCGCAUAUGUACAUAAAUUUCUAUUUUGAUUUUACAUGUCAAUAUAUGUGAUCCGUGAUUGCUUUCGCUGGCUCAGGAGGGCCUUUGUGUGCAUAGCGUUUCCUCAACAACAUGCCCGCGCCGAAGCCGAAGCCAGAGCCAGAGCCGGUAAGUUUUGAUUAUAAGCUAUUGUAGCUAAUAUUAUAUAUAAGUUUGAGUAUCUCUCUCUCGAAAUUAAGCUAAAGACGCUCCUUCAGCAGUGGAGUUCCGUGACGGCGGAGAAGUAAAAUGUAUACGAAGGAAGCUGUUCUUUUAGCUCUUGACGACGAGGAUCAGAUGUUGGCGCGCCCCUCCCUUGUUGUGCAAGUGCGCCUCGUCCUCGGCACAUACAGAUACAAAUCUCGAAGUGCUGUGCCCCCCCGACAAGAAAACCGCGGGUCAAUCACGUGGCUGUUGCCGGGCAUAAAGAAAAGUUUAGAUUUUUCUUUUCGGCAUGGCUUGCGCCGCCAGUGCUAACUUACAACGAACAGCAGCGGGACCUCCCCGUCCAAGGGAGGCGUGAAAUUUAAAUUGCUGCACUUAUUGCCUUCUUGCCCAAGAUGAAAGCUCCUGCCCUUCUGCGAUGGUAAAGAAAAGGACGACCGCGGCCUUUGCGACACAAUGUGGGCUCAGCGGUCACAAUUUCGCACUAGAUGACCCGAGCGGCAGCUCAGGACAGGCAUUUUUAGAUUCUAUUUUUGUAAAGUCCACUCGCCCCCCCUUCGCCCCCCCUCGGGUUCUGUGCCUGUAGUGCGCGGCGCUGCCUAGGCAGUGCGUUUCGUCAGUGUGAUGCUUUUUUAAGUGGAAGCUCGCCUAGGAAAAGUGCGGGCCCCGUUGUAUGUGGGGUCCGUGUAGUUACUUAUGUCAGGCUUUGCUUACGUAUUUUUCAAAAAAGUGAGCCGCAGGAGCAUCGCGCCGGGCAGGAAGGUUGGAAAUGCGGAAGCCUGCUGCCCACCAUACUGAAGCGAGCGCUUUUUUUAAUUGAGCCUUCGGCGCCACCUGUCGCGCGACGGGCAUCGCUGUACACGAGACAAGAUUUCUGGCAGAAGAUUCCCGCAGGCCCGGACUUCUCUGUUUUGUCCAUUCAGAGGGGUCGAAAGAAUGAGUAAAAGCAUAUACGGCCCUCCCAUCGCCCCAGAAAUGUCGGCCCCCUUUUCGUUCGCUCCAAGGUGUCGCUGUCCCCGGUCUAGUUGUUUGUGCCCCGUUCGCUUUAGGCUCGGUGCCUUCUGGGACCGCUAGCGCGGCAAAAGAUAACUUCUGAACAAGCUAUGCUCCCCCCCAGUGCGGUGCAUAGCAUUACGCAUGGGCUGGACGCCAGCACCCGUUUACACUUGCUCCCAUCGACUGAAAUCCGCAGGGUAUCGGGCUGCAGUGGAAAAGGCGGGGCUGGCAUUUGAGAGGAGUGUGAUCCGCAACCGUUUGAUGAGUGGGGACAUGUGCGGGUUCGUGGGCAUGUCUAAUAUUGCCUUCAGGAGGAAAGCCUGCGACGUCGCGGUAAGGCAACUCGACAAAGAGAUACGAGAAGCCAACGAAGCUGCCCAGAGCCCUGAAACUGCCAUCAGCAAAGCCAAUAUCGUCGCGUGGAGCGCAAUGGGCCUGGAUGUUGAUGGGCCGGUGGUAAAAUUUAUGCCUGGGACAAAAAUUCUAGACGGGACCAUUCUUGGCGGGGAAUCUCUUGCAGUUACGAUCCCUGAGACGCGGGCGCCGCAGAGUCUCAAGCAGUGCAGCGAGCAUUAUUUUGGAACGGGACGAGCUGCGGAGCUCGUCGGAUACCGUACUUAUACUUAUAGCGUAGCUAGCUACGACGCCGGCCUUCGAGCAUUGAUUUUUGGCGACACUGGUCGCCAACUACAACUACUUACACUCAGCAACGUAGAUGGUACGGCAAACAGUUACUCGCCCGCCUGAAGAGGCGAGCACGCAAUUGAUUUUUGAUCCGCGCUGCACAGUUACUUGCCCGCCCGAACAAGUCGGGGGCGCCCGACUGAUUUUUGAGCCGCUCUGGGGGGCUUUCCCUGUGCAGGGGUGGCUGCGUAUUUUAGUGCGCCGCGCGCACCUGGCCCUCUUCACGCGCAAGCGCGCUCUUACAUGUGGGCCGCCCCCCUUCCGGUCUUUGUGGGCGCUUGGGGCGCGUGGACCUUCCUCGUGGCCGUUUGGUCCGCGGGGCCGCCUCUUCAUUCACAGGCGCGCGCCCGAUCUGGGCGGGGGAGGGUGGGCGCCAACGGAGACGGGAAAAGCAAGUAAGUCUGUCGCCUUUUUGCUGUGUCUGUUCUGGUCGCAGGCCCCAUUCUUGGUUCUUGGCCAGCCUCGGUGGGGGGCAGGCAUCGCUAUGAAUGACACAUAUGCCGAUCACUGCCCGGCGCGCAUUGCCGGGCGGCAGCGACGAGUAAGCUUUCUUGCCCGCGCCGACCGCUCGUUCGUAUGUUUUUUCGCUCUGAGGGACUGAGAGAUCGCGUAUGGGCGAGGCCUUUGAAGGAGGGCCCCCUCGGCGGAACGGUGUCCGGGCCGGCCGGGCUCCUCGGCGCGGCAGCUUGUUGGCCUGGUGGCUCUUACCCCCUCGCGACUCGAAGAGCCCCACUAGCGGUCGCGCCGCGAGCGGCCGGCACACAGGCAGUGUGUGGCCUUGGGGGGGGGCGCGUUAGUUUGGGCGCCGUUUUGUGUCGUUGGCCGGCGCGGGGAACUUGGCCUGUUUAGCUGAGUAGGUCGGAGUUUGACGCAUGCAGGCGGCGGCCGCCGUGCGUGGGCCCCUACUUGAUUUUGGCUGCGGACCUCUGCUCGCACACCAGAGCGAAGGGGGCCUGGCGUUUCCGCUUUGAUAUGAUUGCUUCCAAGCCAUGGAAGCCGGCCCCCGCCCGCCUUCGCGCGUGGCUUUUCGUGUUUGUGGUCCUUCGCCCGUCGCAAGGUAGCCCAGGCCGUUUGCAUUUUGUUAGCCCGGCCCCGUGGGCCCUUGAUAAGUGCCCCCCUCGGCCCGUGAUAAGUGCCGCACAUAUGUCAUCCCACCCACUGCAAAUAAAACAGGCGAAAUUGUGCUGUUGCGGCAGAAGUACCUGCACCGGCUCCGCACCGAGCCCCCCCCCAACGCACCCCACUCGGACGUUGAACAAUUCGGAGAGCAUAUCAAAUGGGCGCAGGACGCCCAGGAGUUGCGGACAAACUGGAAGAGGGCGGGCCUCAGAGGCCUGAUAAGUCGUGGCGACGGAACCUACCAAUGGAUGUUGGACCCUCGCGAACAAGCGGCCAGCUCCGCCGCAGCAGUUGCGCCGCAGCCUCCAAUGGCCGCGCAACAACAGCCGCAGCAACCUCUACAGCCGCAGCAACAACACCCGCAGCAACAACAGCCGCAGCAACCUCUACAGCCGCAGCAACGACACCCGCAGCAACAACAGCCGCAGCAACCUCUACAGCCGCAGCAACGACACCCGCAGCAACAACAGCCGCCGCAACCUCUACAGCCGCAGCAACGACACCAGCCGCAGCAAAAUGGACUUGCUCCUCCGCCUGGACUUGUUCGCCCGCGUCUCCUGCCGCUUGCGGCUCUCACGCCUGCGCCACAGCCACAGCCGCAGCUACAGCUGCCGCAACCUCCGCAAGGACCGCAAGCCCCUUUCCAGUUCCCGCUACCGCAGGGUAAUCCCGCUUUCCAAAGAGGCAACAAUGCGUGGCCUCAAGGGCUGCCGCUGGACUUCACUCAACAACAACAACAACAGCCGCC